UUAAAAAUAGAUGCCAAAAUUUAAUUUACUUACAAGAAAAGAUCCAGGGGCAUGGAGACAUUGACGAUGGAAGCGGCCCCAGCAAAUAUAAAAGCAUCUGGCUUUACUUCCUCUUAGCAACAAACCAACGCCGUGGACAUCCAUCGCGCCUCCGAGAUCCUCCGACCCGGCGGCGCUUCUCCUUUCUCUCGAUAUCCCCUCUAGGAUAUUCGCAUCCUGAAUCUUAUUGCUUUAGAGAUUACUCAAUUCAAUUCGAACUUCGCGGGUAUCGAGCUUGGAGAUUGUAUAAAUACAGACAGUCCUUUAUAGGAUGCGAUUAUUUCCAGCUAGCUCCAGUUCGUUGAAGGAGCUGAAGAGCGAUGGAGAGAAGAGUCGUGCUUUGUUGUACCUAAAUGUCUAUGAUCUAACAACUGUAAACAACUACCUUUACUGGUUCGGUGUUGGAAUAUUUCAUUCCGGCAUUGAAGUACAUGGUCUGGAAUAUGGAUAUGGAGCCCAUGAUUACCCAAGCAGUGGGGUUUUUGAGGUUGAACCACGUUGUUGCCCAGGUUUCAUCUUUAGGCGUUCAAUACUGCUUGGCAGUACAGACAAGUCUCCUUCAGAAGUUCAUUCAUUCAUGGUACAACUAUCUAGCAAAUAUCAUGGAGAUUCUUAUCAUUUAAUUGCCAAGAAUUGCAACCAUUUUACUGAUGAAGUAUGUAUGCAUCUUACCGGAAAGCCAAUUCCUGGAUGGGUCAAUCGUCUGGCACGUGUUGGCUCAUUCUGCAAUUGUCUGUUACCAGAAAAUAUUCAGGUUACAGCUGUCAGGCAUCCUCCUGAUGGCCAAGCAGUAUGCUCAGAUGAGGAUACCGAUACGGGUGCAUCUUCUUUAACUGAGGUUAGUGAUGGGGAGGAGAUUGACCAUCAUCUGCUAAAUGCUCCAAAUAGUGAUAUAGCAUAUUUGAAUGACAAACCAGUGGUACUGGCAAAAGAGCUUCUCUAAUCAGCCUCCCUACACUGCCACACCUCUCAACAUUCUGCUCCAGUUCAUUUAUGCGAUCUUGUGAAGUGUAGUGUAGAGUUGAAAAAAAACACAUUGUUUAAGCUUAGAGAGUUAUCUGCUUUAAUAUAAUGUAUGGCUAGACCAACUGCCAGCUACUAUUUGGUGGAGAGUUUUACCAUUUUCAUGACAUGGAUGCUCUGGCUCCAUGUAUUUCUUUUUCUCAGUUUUUCAAUUUCCAUGAAUUAAAUACCCCAAAUACGCAAUAGAAUCCCUAUUAAUGUUCCUUAUCCCAGUUAACCGUCAGCUUGACAGCCAAUCUUCAAUAGAUUCAUUAGAUUGUGUGAUAACACCUGCC